UUUUUUUCCCUUAAUUGGUUGGGUUGCUUUGCAUUGAUGAGUGAUGAGCUUUCCAAAGGAAAAGAAAAGUCCAAUGGAGAAGAAAACUGAUGGGAAAAUGAAGAGUGUGGCUUCGAUUCCGGAUAAUUAUGUAUCUAUUCUCCAGCUUCAGGAGCGCUGGAUGAAGGAAAAAGAAGGGAAACAGAAGGAAAUAGACUUAGAAGUGAAGCAGCAGCAGCAGCAAGUUAAUGGACAACGAAGGAGAGAAGAAGAACCAAGGGUGAAGCUUGAGAGAACCAAGAGUUUAGGAGGAACUGUUCAUAGCAACCGUCGGAAAAAGGAAACAGAUUGCGUUGAGAAAGAAGAAGCUGAUGUCUCUGCAAUUGUGAGCAAGAAGGGAGAAUGUGAAGGAUAUUCGAGAGAGAGAAAGAAGAAACGGUCUAAGAAGAAGAAUCAAGUGAAGGAGGUCGUCGAGUCUGGAUCCAAGGCAUACAUCCGGAGGCAGAUUAAUCAGGCGAAAGAGGAGAUUCCGGGAGUGAAAACUGUUCAAAACACAGAGAAUAAUAAUAAUGCUGCUAGUAGUAAUUCACUUUCUUUAGAAACUCAGUUUCAGCAUCUCCAGAUCAGGAAGAAGAGAGGGGAAGAGGAUGGAAGAGACAAAGAAGUCAAGGGACCUGCAAAAUUGAACAGUGGACAAGGUCAUUACAGAAACCAAAAACAUGAAACAAGGACCAUGGUGUGGGUGAAGAAAGGAGACAACAAUGCAGCUGGUGGUGGGAAUGGCGUCAUCUUUUAAAAGGUCGGAACUUGGAUUUGGUUCCUGUUCCUUUGGGGAUGCAUUGUAUGUAAAUCGUAUAUAAUCUUGAAUCUAAGAGCAUGAUGAUUAUGGUACCCACACAACUACUAAGUACUUUUGAAAUAUUGUAUUCCUUUUCCAGUUUUAGUGUCAAAGUCUCUUUCACCA